UGUGCAUAAUAAUGCAUGAUGAAAACAUUUGUUUUCUCAGGUGAUCUUUAGUUUCUGUUUGGCCGGCGAUUCGGUCGUAACAAUUUCUCGUCCCCAGCCAGUGUGCAUAUUAGUUCAAGUUGUUUUAGCCUAUUUAUAUACACUGUGGCCUUUUCUACAUAGGCGAUAGGAGAUUAAUUGAUUGAGGAUAAAUCCUCCAGUCAUUUCAAUUUGCAUCUGUCCCAUUCUUCCUGAGGUCAACUUGUCUGCUAUUUCAAUUUGUAUAACAAGAAGGUAACCAUGGAGAAAGCAAUGGGUGAUAUGAGCAUUGCAGAGAUCUACACCUCAGAGAAGAAUGGGUCAGAUGAGACUGGCAAGGGCACGGCAGAGGCACCUUUCAAGACUGUGCUGCGUGCAAUGCACCAUGCUGGCAAGGAGCCGCUGCCCACUAUCCUUGUGGAUGCCAAAGAGGAGGGCAAGGCCUCAGGCGGCGCCUCUCCCUGUCUGUCGACGGCACUCGAGCCGCACCUAGCCCAGUUCUCCUAUAUCGGCGGCCACUCGCCCAGUCGCCUCGACCUGCGCGUGCUCGCCCGCCUGGCGGAGCCGCCGCCGGAGCGCACGCACGCGGCGCGCUGGUGGCGUCACGUGCGCUGUCUCUCGGAGGAGUCCUCCGGCUGGCCGGCCGGUGAGGAGACGGUGCUCUCCCGGCUGGGUCUGGACCGACUCCUGGGACAGCAAUUCGAACCUGUUGCCAAGUCCCAGUUGAAGAAGGUGCACAAGAUAUGGCAACAUGAGGUGAGAAAGGCCGCAGAGCGCGCCAAAAAGGAGGCUGAGGACGCGGAGAAGCGCGCCAAAAACCUGGAGGAGGCGCGAAAGGUGACCAUCGCCGAGGACCCCAGCUGGCCGCGCGCGGUGCGUGUGAAGAUCAGUGAGACGGAGCGGCACCGCGACACGCGAGUCCAGGUCUACGGCUGGGUGCACCGGCUCAGGAGGCAGGGCAAGGCGAUGAUGUUCGUGGUGCUGCGCGACGGCACGGGCUUCCUGCAGUGUGUGCUCACCGACAAGCUGUGCCAGACCUACGAGGCGCUGGUGCUUUCUACCGAGUCGUCUGUCUGCCUCUACGGCACCGUCAAGGCGCUGCCCGAGGGCAAAACGGCGCCGGGCGGCCACGAGAUGCAGGUCGAUUACUGGGAGCUGGUGGGCCUGGCACCCGCCGGCGGAGCCGACACCCUACUCAACGAGGAGGCCAACCCCGACGUGCAGCUCGACAACCGGCACAUCAUGAUCCGUGGCGAGAACACCUCCAAGGUGUUAAAGAUGCGUUCAGUGCUGACACAGGCCUUCCGUGAGCACUACUUCAGCCGCGGGUACUUCGAGGUGACGCCACCCACGCUCGUCCAAACCCAGGUUGAGGGUGGCUCGACGCUGUUCAAGUUCAACUAUUUCGGCGAGGAGGCCUACCUGACUCAGAGCAGUCAGCUGUACCUGGAGACGGCCAUCCCGGCGCUGGGAGACGUCUUCUGCGUGGCACAGAGUUACCGUGCCGAGCAGAGCAGAACGCGCCGGCACCUGGCCGAGUACACCCACAUUGAGGGCGAGUGUCCGUUUAUCACGUUUGACGACCUGCUGGACCGGCUGGAGGACCUCAUCUGUGACGUGGUGGACCGCGUGCUCAAGUCGCCCUUCGCCGACAUCGUCUACGAGCUGAACCCGGACUUCAAGCCGCCGAAGCGUCCGUUCCGCCGGAUGGAUUACGCGGACGCCAUCAAGUUCCUGAAGGAGAACAACAUCACCAAGGAGGACGGCACGUUCUACGAAUUCGGCGAGGACAUCCCAGAGAUGCCAGAGAGGAAGAUGACAGACAUGAUCAACGAGCCCAUCAUGCUCUGCCGCUUCCCCUACGAGAUCAAGGCGUUCUACAUGGCCAAGUGUCCCGAGGACCCGCGCCUCACUGAGUCGGUGGACGUCCUGAUGCCGAACGUCGGUGAGAUUGUCGGUGGGUCGAUGCGCAUGAACGACCUGGCCCAGCUGGAGGAGGCGUUUAAAAAGCAGGGCAUCCCCUCGGAGCCCUACUACUGGUACAAGGACCAGCGUGUCUACGGCACAACUCCGCAUGGCGGGUACGGCCUGGGCCUGGAGCGUCUACUCUGCUGGCUGCUGAACCGCUACCACAUUCGAGAGGUGUGUCUGUACCCGCGCUUCACGGGCCGGUGCAAACCCUGAUCGGACCGCCCCGUACCGUCCGGCGCUCGGCCGUCCACAGACCAAAUCAGCUUUAUUUAUACCGCCCCACGGCCAUGUUUUGCGGUGAUCCAUCCCAUCGGGAGCUGGUAGCGAAUACAUUUCGAAUGAAAUGAUCAA